ACAAGCCAUUUUAAUAGACUUCAAAUCCUGAGUGUACAUGUAGCUUCUCUAUCUUUUAUUGAUCUGUUGGUGAAUUGGUCUAUUGGUGGAUUGGUUUCAGUUAGCAUGAGUUUGCCAGAGGCAGGUUACACUCAGGGACAGUUGACCUUCCUUGAUUCUGAUCCAUACUAUGGAGCUGAUACUCAAGGGAUGGAGUAUGGGUUUGAAUUCACUCAAUUGUCUCAAACCCAAACCCAAUCCUCUCAACUAACACAGUCCAAUGGAGGAGGGCCCACUGGCACUAGCAAUGCUACCAGUGGGAGCAGCACUGCAGUCAAGAGCAAUAAAGAUUCAUUGUUUGAUGAAGAAGGAGAUGUUGAGUUUGAAGAGGAAGAGCCACACCCACAAGAACUACCACCUCAUGCUUGCAAAUACUGUGGUAUACAUGAUCCAGCUGCUGUCGUGAUGUGUAAUUCAACAAAGAAAUGGUUUUGUAAUGGAAGAGGGAACACUUCAGGAAGUCAUAUAGUGAACCACUUAGUCCGAGCUCAUUAUCAUGAAGUGACGCUACAUAAAGAAGGUCCUCUAGGAGAGACUGUGCUUGAGUGUUAUAACUGUGGCUGUAAGAAUGUGUUCAAGUUAGGAUUUGUACCUGCAAAGGCUGAUUCUGUUGUGAUGUUACUCUGCAGAUUACCUUGUGCCCAGUCUAACAGUUUAAAAGACAUGGACUGGAACCCAGCCAACUGGCAGCCAUUAAUAGUCGACAGGUGCUUUCUUCCGUGGUUGGUUAAGAUACCAACUGAUUCUGAUCAAGCCAGAGCGAGACAAAUAAGUGGAACUCAGAUUGGGAAACUUGAAGAGUUAUGGAAAGAUGAUCCUGAUGCCACUUUGGAUACCUUACAAAAACCAGGUAUUGACGAGGAACCAGCGCAAAUACAACUGAGAUAUACAGAUGCAUAUCAGUAUCAGAACAUUCUUGGCCCUUUGGUCAAAUUGGAAGCUGAUUACGACAAGAAGCUGAAAGAGAGUCAGACACAAGAUGGUAUUAUUGUUCGUUGGGACAUUGGACUCAACCAAAAGAGACUGGCUUACUUUAACUUCUCAAGACAAAAUGGAGACAUGAGGCUGAUGCAGGGAGAUGAACUGAGACUGAGGUAUGUUGGGCGGAGUCAUGAACCAUGGAAUGGAAUAGGACAUGUUACUAAAGUUCCAUCAAGUUUUGCUGAAGAGGUUGGCCUGGAACUCCGUAGCAAUGUUAAUGUACCAACUUCAUGUACAAGGGACUUUUGUGUUGAUUUUGUGUGGAAGUCGACAUCAUUUGACAGGAUGCAGAAUGCUCUUAAACUAAUAGCAGUAGAUGAAGGAUCAGUAUCUACUUAUUUAUAUCACAGACUCCUGGGGCAUGAAGUACUGGAAGAACCAGCCAUCAUUAUACACAAGCAAUUACCUAAACAUUUCUCAGCUCCUAAUUUGCCCAAGUUGAAUCCCUCCCAGAUAUAUGCUGUGAAGACUGUCCUUCAGAAACCUCUUGGACUGAUACAGGGUCCUCCUGGUACUGGUAAAACAGUGACCUCCGCUACCAUUGUGUAUCACUUAUCUAAAAUGGGAAUGGGUCAAGUGCUGGUGUGUGCCCCCAGUAACAUUGCUGUUGAUCAGUUAACGGAGAAGAUUCAUAAAACUGGUCUAAAGGUCGUGAGACUCUGUGCCAAGUCACGGGAAGCCAUAGACUCACCCGUUUCAUUCCUAGCCCUCCACAACCAGGUCAUCCAACUUGCUAAAGAUAGUUACCCUGAGCUAAAGAAGUUACAGCAGUUGAAAGAUGAUCAAGGUGAGUUGUCCAGCACAGAUGAGAAGCGGUACACUAGUUUGAAGAGGCAGCUGGAGAAGGAGCUGCUACUAGGAGCUGACGUCAUCUGCUGCACCUGUGUCAGUGCAGGCGACCCGAGACUCGCUAAAUUUAGUUUUAAAAUGGUCCUCAUUGAUGAGAGCACUCAAGCGACAGAGCCGGAGUGCAUGGUCCCUAUUGUGAUGGGGAGUAAGCAAGUGGUACUGGUAGGAGACCACUGUCAGUUGGGACCAGUCAUUAUGUGCAAGAAAGCUGCAAAUGCAAGAUUAUCCCAGUCCUUAUUUGAGAGGCUGGUUCUGUUAAACAUUAAACCAAUCCGUCUUGAAGUUCAAUACAGGAUGCACCCUGCACUGACCGAGUUUCCUUCAAGCGUCUUCUAUGAUGGAACACUCCAAAAUGCAGUGUCACCUGAAGAAAGAAGAAUGGACGAAGUUAAUUUCCCCUGGCCCAAUGUUGAUAAGCCAAUGUUCUUCUGGUGUUCCUUUGGUCAAGAGGAGAUCUCUUCAAGUGGAACCUCUUAUUUAAACAGAACUGAAGCAGUUAAUGUUGAGAAGGUGGUCACUAAAUUGAUGAAAAAUGGAGUGAAGCCGGUUCAGAUUGGAGUGAUCACCCCAUACGAAGGACAGAGGGCUUAUGUUGUCCAGCAGAUGCAGUUCAAUGGAGGAAUGUCUUCAAAACUUUAUGAGCAACUUGAAGUGGCCAGUGUGGACGCUUUUCAAGGAAGAGAGAAAGAUUUUAUCAUUUUAUCGUGUGUGCGCUCCAAUGAACACCAAGGGAUUGGUUUUUUAAAUGAUGCCCGUAGGCUCAACGUGGCUCUCACUCGUGCCAAAUAUGGAGUUAUAAUAAUUGGAAAUGCUAAAGUGUUAUCAAGGAACGAAUUAUGGCAUCACUUGAUUAAAGAGUAUCAAGAGCAAGGUUUACUAGUUGAGGGUCCGCUGAAUAAUUUAAGAAGAAAUGAAAUGCAUUUAAGUAAACCAGUGAAAAUGAGAAAGUACAUACCAAGAGCUGUCUACAGUGCCAAAGAAUACUUGGAAACCACAGGAGCUGGCAAUCAGUCCAGACCUUAUGAGGUUGGUUUCCAUGACGAUUAUUACAGAUCACAUGAUCACAUGGGAUACAUUGGAGCUGAUCGUAAUUCAGCUAUUGCAGCUGCUUCCAUUCACUUGCCUCACAGCAUCUUUAUACCUCCAGUCCCUCCCCCCCAACACUAUAAUCAGAUGAUUGGUACUGCUGGUAAAGUUGAUUCAUUUGCUAAUAACUUACUGAACAGUCAAGCUAGUCAGGAUAGCAGCCAGCAAGGUAGUCAACCGCUGACUCAGCAGAAUUUAACAAUGAGUCAACCAACACAACCACUAACUCAAUCGGAAUUAUCACAAGACAUAUUUGUUGAUGAGUUUAAUUCUCAGUCGGACGGUAUUUUGUCACAAAGUUCAAGUUAUCAAAAUGACGAUGAAGCCGACAAUAGAGGACCAACCCGUCCUCUCAUUGGUUACACUCACCCAAUGUACAAGACACGGGAUAACUAGCUAGUGGUUUAUACCUCCUCCUCAACUGGUUAUGCACUGUCCUCCAUUUAAUGAGAGAGGGAGGGAAGAGGAGAGACAUUUACUAUUGAUGACAUCAUUAUUAGUAUCUGUUUUAGUAUCAAACUAGUUAUUAAUUGUUAAUGUAAUAAUUACCAGUAUCUUUGUUAUUAUUUUGUUGUUUUCUAUUGAUUUCUUAUUGUAAACUUCCUUUGCUACAUGUA